AUGCAUAGCAUCGCCUCUUUUGAGCUGCCAACGUGGCUUCAAAAGAAUGAGGACGCAAAAACAAUCCUAUCCGGAAGCGCAACACCGGCCCUUUCAAUCAAGGACCUAAUAGAGCUGUCAACGGAUAAACCCCAGUCAACGGAAAACCUCUCCCUAGACAAUAUCCCUCUAGCCCUGGGCUCAGGAACCGGAAGCGAAGCACUUCGCAGCACAAUCGCAACUUUAUUCAACGACAAAAUAUCAGCCGCCAACAUUCUCACAACAAAUGGCGCGACCGGCGCAAAUUCUCUCAUCUUCCAGACUCUCCUUAGAGCAGGAGACCACGUCAUUUCAAUGUACCCAUCAUACACGCAGCUCUUAGACAUGCCUCAAGCAAUAACCGGCACGCAAGUCUCACUCUGGAAACUAAAUCUCGAUUCAACCCAUCAACAAAAAGACCAAGAAGCAGCGGCCGCUGCUGAUGUCGCUGCAGAUCUUCUCGACAUCAACGUCCUAAAAACCCUCAUAAAGCCAAACACAAAGAUAAUCGUCCUCAACAACCCAAACAACCCAACUGGAACCAUGCUCUCGCCAAAUCUCCAACGAGAAAUUCUCUCCUUAGCCCAUUCCCACGGAAUAUUCGUCGUUGUAGACGAGAUCUUCAGACCCCUCUACCAUGGUCCCAAAACCACCCCACUUCCACCCUCCUUCGCCGAAAUAGACUCCUUCGACAACGCCAUCAUCACGGGCUCCCUGAGUAAAGCGUGGGGCCUGGCCGGUGUACGGGUUGGAUGGAUCGCAACGCGAAGCGAGACUUUUAUGCGCGCUGCGCUUAAUACGAGACUAUACACGAUCAACGCUAUAAGCACCCUUGACGAAAUCGUUGCGAGUGAGGCGUUGAGUCCGCGGUGCCGGCCGCAGAUCCUGGCAAAGCAUUUGAAUAUGGCGCGGGUUAACUUGGAGAUUUUGGAUGGGUUUGUUGAUGGAUUUUCGUCCGUUGUUAGUAUGGUUAGACCCUUUGCCGGUGCCACGGCAUUUUUACGGAUUGUGCUUGAUGGUGGCCCUGUUGAUGAUGUGGAGUUUUGUCAUGGGCUUAAGGAGGAGACGGGUGUUUUACUUGCGCCGGGGAGUAGGUGCUUUGGGGUUGAUGGGUCAGGUGAGGAGUUGAGGGGAUUUGUGAGAAUUCAUAUUACCGGGUCCUCGGAUGUUUUUCGGAGUGCUUUGGCGGCUUUUGGUGGGUAUUUGGAAAGAAUUCGCUAG